CGAAGCUACCCCCGCCCCUAUUACCAGGCUGUACUGGUAUAGCAAAGCACGACUAGCUUCUUUGCUCGCUCAGUACAGAUCGGCUAGCCAGGCUAUUAGUAGAGUCAAGAGCGGACACCCUCACGUGCUCACGGCCAAAUGAGUUGUGACUCCCACAGUUGAACGAAUGAAGAAAAAACGCAACCCAAUGGCAGACACUUACUUGGAGAAUUUGGUCAAUGCAAUGACCCUGAAGAUCGCAAGUCUGUAUCCAGAUGAAGCCACCGCCGACGAUGUUACCCAGAUGAUGGCUGAAAGGAACUGCAGGAGAUGUGCAACAGACGAGCUUUCUAACAGGAGGAUAUGCAUUGGGGAAGAGGUACGUCUACUUCUACUUGUAUGCUUCUUGAAUACUGACAUUGUUUUAUAGGGUGCCCGAUCGAUACGUGUGCAGGCUGGCUCAGGGACGUUAUUCGGACAGGAAGGAAUCAGAGCAGGUAUCCGGUUCGCGACUCCUGAAUCCCCUCCCAUGGAGGACGAGAUUCUUGUCAGUGAUCCGAUUGAAGCACUUGGCCCAGUGAUUAGGAACUGGGUGUCGCCGAGUAGUAGGCCCUGGUGGACAUCAACCGGUCUGGAGACGAUGAUGGAAUGUGCACUGUACGCUACUACCAGCGGAAACAUGUAUUGUCGUUCCGCGGAAGAGAUCACAGGAAGUGGUGAAUCGACCCCGCUACUCACGUUUCCAAUCAAAUCGACCCCAGGUGUACGCGAGAUAUUCAGCUGGUCUCCAAAACGUGACGGGUUUUUUGAGCUGCUUGGGCCCAACCCCUCGACCAUCUCAUCCCGUCGUGCAAGCCCGUUACUGAUUUGGCGGGAAGGCGAUUCAAACAUCAGUGAUUCUGACAAACAUAGAAUGUACGUGGGGAUGCUCGGUAUAAUGUCUGCCACAGCAGAACUUGGAAAGGCAAAUGGAGGCUGGAGGAGUUUCCGAAUCCUGGGGAUCUUCACCCCUAACGAUCCGGGUAGGAAGAUAGUUGCAAGAAGCUAUCGGUUUGGUUCAGACUUUAGUAUCGAGUGGUCUGAAGAGGACUUUGAGAAGAGUGGUGCUGGGGGACUCCACUUUUGGGCAAUGUUGAUCAGAUAUGGGACAUAUCUGGCCACUCAUCACAGCGAGUGGGAUGCAGAGGCAUUUGGCGAGGCUAUGCAGCAGUUGAAGGACCACGUGGACGACGAGGGAUAUCAGGAACUCGGAGAGUCUAACAGUGGCAGUGGAAACGAAAUAUUCCGACAGAGCGAGGGGCGUCAGAUAGAGUUACGCCACCUUCUGGAGAAGACCAGUCGUGCUCUUGAAGAUGAAGGAUUGCAGAUGAUGGGGGUAGUAAGGAAGAGGACACGAAAUAGGCAGAAAGUAUGA